GCUGCAUCCACUCUUUUGGGAAUCCAUCAGCUUCUCUCCAAGUAUUGAGGUUUCCCCUUCCGACCGCGUGUGUGCUGUAUGCUGCCAAUGUGCUGUGUGUGUUGUCUCGAUGGCAGGUUUCGUGAUUUCCAGGGCAAAUAUGUGACUUUAUCCGUGCAGGAAGAUUAUUUUUCGCCCAAAUGUUUUAUCUCCCCAUUGAACAUUUAUUAUGCCCAACACAGAAUGCCAGUGGCUCGUGCUCACCGUUGGGCUGUUUCUCCGUUAUUUAACCGUGUAAAUUAUGCUGUGUCAACAGGGAAUUGAUGGUGUCUCAUAGUGUUUACGACCAGCGCAGACGCUGUAUUGCUGAUUCUUCGUGCUGCGUAGACGCGUGUGUGUUUUUUGGGGUGUAUUGGAGAUUUUUGGGGGUAUUCUCCGAGUUCGCCGUUAAUUUCCAUGGGGCCUGCUGUCCAUCGUGGCCUGCCAACAUGAUCUGAGGCGGAGGUGCACUGGUGAGGCAGGGCGUUCUUGAUUUGUGCACUAUUCGUCAUACGGAACCGUAAUCCACGCCAGAAAGCAGAAACGGCGUUCCGUGUGGUGGCAAUUGUCGCUGCUCAAUCUCCCUUAUACUCAUGGAUUGAUCAUUUUCAUCCGCAAAGGAAUUUUAUUUUGCUUCGGUUUACCACGGGACAACGGGAACCGGAGCGUUGUUGUGAUAUAAAUUAAUUCCGUUGGGUUUCCCGUGGGGACACACAAGCCCCGCCGAACACACCGCGGACGUCGCUUCUUGCCUUUUGAUCAUUCGUCAGCGCGCGGACUCUUGCUCGCUCACCUUAAGGGUGACAGUGCAGUGAGCGGUCAGCGUGCCGGUGUCAAUUAUUCCGCGCGGGUGUGUGGUGUGUUAUUUGGCGCCAGCUCAGAUGCCCUGCGACAUGUUGCCCUGCUUCCUGUCCGAUGAAGCCAAAGAGCAGCGGCGCAUCAACGCCGAGAUCGAGCGCCAGCUGAAGAAGGACAAGACGGAUGCACGACGCGAGAUCAAACUCCUCCUCCUGGGCACCGGCGAGUCCGGCAAGUCCACCUUCAUCAAGCAGAUGCGCAUCAUCCACGGCCAGGGCUACUCGGCCGAGGACCGGCGCGGCUUCAUCCGUCUCAUCUACCAGAACAUCUUCCUCUCCAUGCAGACCAUGAUCAAGGCCAUGGAGACGCUGGGCAUCAACUUCCGCAUCCCGGAUAAUGCCGGCAAUGCGCAGCUGGUCAAGCAGAUUGAUUACGAGACGGUCAGCACCUUCGAGAGUCCCUUCCCGGAGGCCAUCAAGUCGUUGUGGGGCGACGCCGGCAUCCAGGAGGCGUACGAUAGGAGGCGCGAGUACCAGCUGAACGACUCCACCAAGUACUAUCUCUCCGACUUGGACCGCAUCUCCAGUCCGGACUUUCUUCCCACCGAGCAGGACAUAUUGCGUGCCCGUGUGCCCACGACAGGUAUCAUCGAAUAUCCGUUCGACCUGGAGUCGGUAAUAUUCCGCAUGGUGGACGUGGGUGGCCAGCGGAGUGAACGGCGCAAAUGGAUCCACUGUUUCGAGAACGUGACGUCCAUCAUGUUCCUGGUGGCCUUGUCCGAGUAUGACCAAGUGCUUGUCGAGUCCGACAACGAGAACCGUAUGGAUGAAAGUAAAGCGCUCUUCCGCACAAUCAUCACCUAUCCGUGGUUCCAGAACAGCUCGGUGAUGCUGUUCCUCAACAAGAACGACAUCCUGCAGGAGAAGAUCAUGCACAGCCAUCUGGUGGACUAUUUCCCCGAGUUUGACGGGCCGCAGCGCGACGCGCAGGCCGCACGGGAGUUCAUCCUGCGCAUGUUCGUCGAUCUGAAUCCGGACGCGGAGAAGACCAUCUACUCGCACUUCACCUGCGCCACGGAUACGGAGAAUAUCCGCUUCGUCUUUGCCGUCGUCAAGGACACGAUCCUGCAGUCCAAUCUCAAAGAGUACAAUCUCGUCUGAAGAUGUUGCGCGGGGGGAAUUAUUGGAAAACGGGAAGAGGAUAUGUUGACUCACAACCACAGGUCACGUGACACACCCACACACACUUUGCUGAUAUGAAUUCGUUUUUUCUACGAUUUUUUUGGUCGGGCUCGGGAGUUGUUGACUCUUAGCGCAGCAAAAUCAGAGACAAGAGUCGAAGCAAAAGCAGUUUUUUUCGGAAAAAAUCAUUUUUUUGUGUAUAUUUGUUGCUCAGUGUGGCGUUUUAAUUUUGUCUCUUAUAAUCUCUCUCUUCUCCUUUUUCCGAUUUUUUCUCUCUCUUUCUCGAAAUCGUAACACAUUUUUAUCGUAAAACACAUGACAUAGUCAUCGGUGAAAGCAAACGUGGUUGUUCACAAUCUAGUCGUUUUAGCGUUUAAUAUUUUUACACAAUUCAUACGACGAUUGAAUCAGAUGGAAUAUUUUCCAGCGCAUUUUUUUCUUCCCUUUUGGAAUUGUGUUUAUCCCUCUCUUCAUACCCACGCGAUGGAGAAGCAGAAUUCGGGGGGAAUUAUUUUUACGGACGGAAAUCGGGGGGAAAGUUAAUCUCGGUUGUUUUAUAUUAUAUUGAAUUAAUUAAUCAAAUAAUUAUUGGGGAAUGUCACACGGAAAGAGAUCUGUUUUGUUUUUCUGUUUUUUUCUUCUUCUCUGUCAGAGUGCCGAUUAUUUUGUGAAGCGAUAGAUAGUCUUUUGGGUUCUUGUUUUUUUCAUCGGUUCGUUUGUUUUUAACCGUUGGUGCAUAAAAAAUUGGUGACAUUGUUUGGUGUUUUGAUUGUAAUAUGGAUCUGAUGCUGUGAGCGUAAUUCGUUAAAAUCAGAGUUUUUGUUCUCUCUGUGAAGCAGUCUCUCUCUCUCUCUUCUGUCGCGUCGUGUCUCUGGAUCAUACUGUGUUUCACGCCGGUUUGUGGGAAAAAGCGGUUUCUGGGUAGUCUCUUCCGUUGCGUUUUUUAUAAGGACGGAUGCUGUGGUCUGUCUGCUGCUGUAUUAGGCGCUGGUGGUGUAGAAAUGGCGCUCGCAUUGCUACGCAUUAUUACCAAUUAAUCUUUGGAUAUUAUUGGACUUUUGUUUUUUUUUCUCUUUCUCUCCUUUUUCAUACCAACCAGUUUUCGGGAAUUCUCUGCUAGCAUUUACAGUCGUCUGAUGUUUCGCGGAUUUUAUUAAUAAAGUAUUGGUCUGUUA